AUGUCACCGGGUGCUUUUCGUGCCAGUCGUCAAUCAGACGGCGAGAAAGUUCACGGUGCCGACUGGUACCGGCGGUUCAAACAACUUGGCCUCAACGAGGAGCAAGACGUUCUGAAGCCCAAUUCGCUGGAACACAGCGAGGAGCGCACACCAGUAUCGGCAGUUGCUGCCACUGCUGCUGCGACUGCAGAAGAGACUGCACCAGAACCUGAGGCCGAAAGCGUAGCGAGCGCCCUUGCUGUUCCCUGUACAGCAGUAGUUCAGUCAGAUAAGGCUGCUCGGUGCCCGCAACCCGGAGCCGCAAGGGAAAAUGCUACGUCCCAGGGACCAGGUACUCCUCUAACUGUCGAAGACGUACUCGACGAGGAACGGACUGAGCAUCGCAAAGAGCUGCGUCAGUGGUAUGACGUUCUGUUCGAGGGCCCCUACGAGCUCAAGUAUCCAGCACCGCCCACAGGUCCGGUGCGGGCUCCGGGGCGCACCCAUCCGGAUAUGGCUCGCAGCAACCCACAUACACGACACCUGCUGGCUGACCUCGACUCUGACCUUGGCAUCGGUGGCUCGCUCCGCGGCACCUAUUACCAAGCGAGCCGUCAACGUCGCAAGCAGCUGUACCAGGGGAGCAGUGCCGACUCUGAGGAGAACUCCGUCAGAGGAGGUCAUGCUGGUUACGGCGGUAGAGCACAGGCUGCAGGCGCUGUCGGUACUAGCUCUCCUGCAUACUCCGAACACUCGCAUGCGCCGAGCUCAAGAUGUAGCUUGGCUGAGGAGAACGAGGAGCGUGAGGGUAUCUGCAUAUCUCCGACGCAAGGUUCAGUGGCGGGGUCCUUUCGUGCAAGUCUGUAUCCGAUCCGCAGCGAGCCGAGCCUCUUUCGACGGGAGCACUCGGACCCUCAUCAGACGUCUCCAUUGUGGCACGAGCUAGACAGUGUAGAGCAGGUUGCAUCGGCAACAACAGCUGCUGAUUCUGCUGCUGCGAUGUCCUCAACGACCGCUUCACCGGCUUCACUGAACAUGAGUAAUCUUCAGCGGUGGCUUGCAGCUCGAUCCAUGGGAUCGCACGAACCGAUCAAGCAUCGCCCUCACUGGGUCUUUGUCUACGGCACGCUGAAGCGGGGAUAUCCGAAUCAUCCGCUGCUCCAUCACGCCAUUUUUGAGGGAUGCUACGUAACCAUAGAGCGAUAUCCACUGAUUAUCGGAGGUCCGCAUUUCACACCGUUUCUUUUGAACCGAACCGGAGUUGGCAAGCACGUCCGAGGCGAAGUCUAUCGAGUCGAUGAUGAGGAGCUCGCCAUGCUCGACGUCUUGGAAAAUGUCGGCGAGAACUAUCAUCGGGAACGCACUUUGGUUCGCGCCCUCGCGGACCCGAAUUUUAUUCUGGAAGUUUUCGUGUACCUCAAAUGCAACUAUACAGAGGAGAUGCUUCAUGGCGAAUUCCUGGAAGAGUAUACGGACACUCGCUACGUGCCGCGUUUUCGUCGAAAAGUGGUGACGCCCAACUCAACCUGA